GUAGGGUUUCCUCGAUCCUACACAUAUAUACUCAGAAACGAUCCACAUUCAGAUUUUGCAGCAAAGCCUUUCCACCCCAUCCCAGCCGCCGCUGUAAAUCAUGGUCAAGCACAACAAUGUCAUUCCUAAUGGGCACUUCAGAAAGCAUUGGCAGAACUAUGUGAAGACAUGGUUUAACCAGCCUGCUCGCAAAACCAGGAGAAGAAUUGCAAGACAAAAGAAGGCUGUGAAGGUCUUCCCUAGGCCUACAGCUGGACCUCUUCGUCCUAUUGUUCAUGGCCAGACCCUAAAGUACAAUAUGAAAGUCAGAGCUGGAAGGGGAUUUUCUCUUGAGGAACUCAAGGCUGCAGGAAUCCCAAAGAAAUAUGCACCAACCAUUGGCAUUGCAGUUGAUCAUCGCCGUAGGAACAGUUCCUUGGAGGGUUUCCAAACUAAUGUUCAGAGGCUGAAGACAUACAAAGCCAAAUUAGUUGUCUUCCCAAGACGCACUCGAAAAUUCAAGGCGGGUGAUUCUGCUCCCGAGGAGUUGGCAACUGCCACACAAGUACAAGGUCCUUACUUGCCAAUAGUUCGUGAGAAGCCAACUGUUGAGCUUGUGAAGGUUACAGACGAAAUGAAGUCGUUCAAGGCAUAUGACAAGCUCCGUAUUGAGCGAACAAAUAAGCGCCAUGUUGGUGUCAGGGCCAAGAGGGCUGCUGAGGCUGAGAAGGAAGAGAAGAAAUAGCGAGUUUUAGUGACAGUGGAUAUCUGAAUCAACUCUGCUUUUUGAAAUUGGAAUUAUUUACUUUAUUCUGUUUGAAUCGGUAAUUCUAGCUAUUAUAUUGCCAGUUGAAUGUAUGAAUUUUAAAAUUUUGUCGUGUCAUCAUUUCACGUGGAUUUGCAUUUUCCUCUAGUCCUGUUUCUAUUUUUUAUCCUUUUAAUCAAGACGAUGGAA